CGAACUCAAGUUUGAUCCAGCCAAUCCCGAAUCAAAUUCGACUCCCUUCUAUCCUUUCGUCUGCUCUAAUACCACAAGGGCUCCAAGUUAAGAUGCGGGUCUUCCUUGUCCAGACCGCCCAUGGUCUAAAUGCUCCCUCCGGAGGAUAUAGAUCUAACCUUGGCUUCAUCCGUCAACUAGGCGGGUACGGGCACACUGUCGCCCAAACAUGCUAUGCCUGGGAUGACGAAGUCGAGGCAGGAGCGGCGAAGGCGAAGGGAAAGGGGGUCAAUCCGAAGGUUCAACGCCUACCCGAUGUCGACCUUGGUAAAGAUCCCAAUACCGGGGUCAAGCGACGGCUCCGUGUCACCAAGUUUGUUGACGAGAACCGCAUUCUCAACAUUGUCAUCUCGCGCGCGUUAUGGGACUUGUAUCCCUAUGCCGAGCAGGUCGCAGACCACAAGGCAUAUCUAGAGCGUAACUUUUUAAGUUCCCGGCUGGCAGCCCUCGUCAACUUGUGGUCCAGCCAGAUCGCAGACUUCAAGCCGACGCACGUUGUCUUCAACGACGGUCUUACAAUGAAGAUCACCCAACAUAUGCUGCAGCCUGGGAACCCGUACUCACAUUUGAAAUUCAAGAGAGUGUGCGUCAUCCACUCGGCGGAACAGCUCCCCUUCGGGCCGUUCUGCGGCAGCCUCUCCGGGCACUGUCUGUCCGCGCCGGCCGAGGACAAGAUGCUGAGAGGGCUCGACGGGAUAUGGACCGUGUCGCGCGGAAUUCAAGAUUACGCAAUGAAGCAUGGCAAUCUGAAGACGACCUUCUUUGUCCACGCCACGUGGACAUAUCUCGAAGGCGGCACCAUCCCGAUGCGCCGAACCAAUGUCGAUAAGACCGAGGUUGGUUUGGUCAACGCUUGUGCACUUAAGGGGCUCCCAAUCUUCAUCGAGUUGGCUAAGAGGCUGCCGCACAUCCGGUUUGUCACUUGGAAGAGCUGGGGUACCAAACAAUGGCAUCUCGACGCGCUUCGGCAACUGCCAAAUGUCAAGGUGGAGCCCGCCACGACAGACACCGAGCGGGAUAUCUGGGAUAGGAUCAAGGUCCUCCUGGUGCCCUCGGUCUGGAACGAGGCAUGGGGGGCUGUCAUCACCGAAGCCCAACUCCGCGGGAUCCCCGUGAUUGCGUCUGACGCGGGCGGCAUCCCAGAGGCGAAGAUCGACCUUCCUUACCUCGUCCCUGUGAAAAUGGUCACGGGCGAGGUCGAUGCGAAGACCGGCGACUAUAUUGUCCCUCCCCAAGACAUUGCACCCUGGGAGCACGCGCUCGCCAGGUUGAUGGCUAGGGACACGACCGAGUACGAAGAGCUCUCUGACUACACGGCGCGGAAGACGGUGCAGUGGAUUCGGGGCCUUGAUCAGCGGGCCCAGGAGCAGUGGCUUCUCAAGAUGUAG